UUCAUGAAAAAAUGGAUGCAGAAAAUAAGAGUAGAGCAGAUCUUGCUCUCCCAAAUCCACAAGAAUCCCCCAGUGCACCUGACAUUGAGCUCUUGGAAGCAUCUCCUGCCGGUGAAGCUCUGCCAGGGAAGCCAGCACCACCCCCACCACAGCAGACAUGGCAGACAGUUUUGAAGAGCGAUUUGGAGUUCCUGGGGGUAACACAAAUUCUGGUUGGUUUGGUAUGCCUUUGUUUUGGAACAAUUGUCUGCUCCUCAGUGUACAUGUCAGACUUUGAUGAUGAAGUGCUUCUGUCGUAUAGAGCAGGCUAUCCAUUCUGGGGAGCAGUGCUGUUUGUUUUGUCUGGAUUUUUGUCAGUUAUGUCUGAAAGGAAAAACAGCCUGUAUCUGGUGAGAGGAAGCCUGGGAGCAAGCAUUAUCAGCAGCAUUGCUGCAGGAAUAGGGAUCAUCAUACUGAUUCUCAACCUGAGCCACAAUUCUGCCUAUCUGAAAUACUGUAAGGAUCUAAAUGAGGAUGAUGGCUGCUUUGUGACUGCUUUCAUCACAGAAAUUGUGUCGAUGAUGCUGUUCCUCACCAUGCUGGCCUUUUGUAGUGCUGUGUUGCUCACUAUCUAUAGGAUUGGAGAAGCAUUCAAGAGUAAUAAGGUCACAGAUGAUCGUCUUUAUGAAGAACUAAAUGUUUAUUCACCAAUUUACAGUGAGUUGGAAGACAAAGGGGAAAUGCCUUCUCCGGUUGGUUCUUAAGAAUUAGGGGACCAGAACAGUUCAAUUCAUAGUAGAAUCCUGAAAGACUUUUACAAAAUUAUGGAAAAAUUAGUUUGCUCCACUUUCUGUCAGUUUUACCAUUAUUCUCCCAUGCCAAUGUUUUAGUAGGCUGCCUUUGAUCCUCUAAAUAUCCCCCUUUUGUGGAUAGCAUCCACUCCAAGUUUCUUGUUUUUUGUGUCACAAUCUUACAAAAAUUUGUUCUGAAAAGCCAUCAAGGAAUUAGUUAGCUUUUAUUGUAUGUCUACGACCAUGAACAAAAAGAAAACAAGGAGGAAGUAGGCUGAGAAAUUAACUAAACUUAGAAAAUCAGGUAAUACUUUUUUUUU